AUGGACGGCUCCAACGUUCCUACAGAGGCCAAGUCGGCAGUUGUCUUCAGUGGGAGUACCACUAUCAAGGACCAAUAUAUCACAGGCAUUAGGUUGCACCUAAUCACUGCCUCGCUCUUCAUGUGUCUCUUUCUGACGAAUCUCGAGAUUCCUAUUGUCAAUACAAGCUCGUUUAGCAUCACUCGUGAAAUUGGAGGUCUGGAUAAGGUAUACUGGGUUAUAGCAGCCUACAUGCUUGGAUAUGUGGGGGUCCUUGUCAUCUCUGCGAAGCUUAGUGAUCUUUUCGGGAGAAAGUCAUCCUUGAUCACAGCCAUUUUGAUCUUCAUAAUAUUUUCUGGUGCAUGUGGUGCAUCCCAAACCAUAGUGCAAUUGAUCAUCUUUCGGGCAUUUCAAGGAAUUGGGGGUGCUGGAAACUAUUCCCUCUGCGCUGCAAUUAUUCUCGAGCUGGUACCCUCGGACAAAUAUGCAAGUUAUAUGAGUUCUGCCGCAACUGUAUACGCCAUUUCCCUUCUUCUGGGGCCUAUAUUCGGUGGAGCUAUCUCUGAAUCAUCGACGUGGCGAUGGGUUUUCCUUCUCAACAUUCCCCCGGCAGCUCUGGCGGGCAUACUCCUCAUACUCUUGUUGCCCAACCGCUUCCCAAACCAUCAUGUACCGCGAGACGAGAGGACUAGUUUUUCGAUACAGAAAUCCAUCUUCCAGACCUUUCGCAAGGUCGACAUGCUUGGCUCCAGCAUGCUUCUUGUGGCCACAGUGUGCCUUGUGGCCGCUUUGGAAGAAGCAAAUCAAGCGUACGAAUGGAAAUCUCCGUUUACCAUUGUCAUGCUCGUCAUUUCCGGAGUGACCUGGGUUUUAUUUCUGGCGUGGGAACGACAAGUUACGCUAACCUCAACUCAAGUCGAGCCCGUGUUUCCCUGGCGUUUCGUUCAUAACCGGGUCUGGGUUGGAAUGCUAGUGAACUCGAUUUUUCUCGGGGGUGCCUGGAUUGUUACUAUCUUUCAGCUGCCACAGAGGUUUCAGGUCGUGAAUGGAUUAUCCCCUCUGCAGGCAGGAAUUCGCUUCAUUCCCUUUACGGUGGCUGCCCCAGUGGGAUCUGCUCUAUCUUCUGUGGUGGGAAAAGCCUUUAAGAUACCCCUUGUAUACCUCGUACUACUGGCAUCCAUCAUCCAAGUCGUGGGAUUUGCACUCCUUUCCACUCUGCCAGCCUCCUUGACGAUCACCGCCGCCCAGUACGGCUAUCAGGUUAUUGCUGGAUUUGGAUGCGGCAUAAAUCUUAGUUUACUGAUCCUGAUGACUCCUUUUACCGUGGAGGAACGAGACAAAGCGGUCGCUAUGGGCGCUGUGGCCCAAUUUCGGAUCAUGGGAGGCUCCAUCUUCCUGGCCAUUGUAACUUCUAUUUCGAACGGGUUUAUUCGGUCUCACCUACGCGGUUUACUGGAUGAUGAGCAGCUUCAUUCCGUUUUGGAUUCGGCUGCGGCACUUCCUAUACUUCCACCCGCUGCGCAAACCAUGGUCCGCAUGGUCUUCUCCGAGAGCUACAACCUGCAGAUGAAGAUCCUGACUGGGUGUGCCGGGGGACAGGUUCUGGCCUCAUUCCUUAUGUGGCAGAAGGAACAGGUCAUCGUAUGA